AAUGCCUGACUGUUGAGGUCUCAAACCACAAUACUCCAGAGCUUCUAGACUUUGGAAGUUCCAGACUAAAAUGGUCAUUACCAAGGAAAGAAGGUGUCCAAGGAAUCUAUGGAAGCCUGGGAAAAUCUGGUCCCCUUAUCCAGAGUCGUGUACAACAUUCUUACCCAACAGGAGAAGACAUUUAGUCUGUCAUUUUUGAAGAUACUGUUCAGCCAAAUUAACCUGAAGGAAUAUCCCAACCUGAUAACGACUCUCAAUAGCUUCACAAGAGUUGUCACUUCCCAUGGAGGCUGGAGCAGAAUCACAACCAUCCCUCUUGAAGCCCCAGCCAACCCAGCAGGAAGGAGCUCCUCGAGGACCCUGCCCCUGCCGCAUCUUCCCUGCCGACUCCCCCUACGGAGCCUCCCGCCCUAUGUACCCAGUGUCAGUGAGCCCAGAGCACCAGCCCAGCACAGCUCUGAGGUCCUGCGUGAGCUGCCCAGCCCUACCGACCCCACCGUGGCUCUCCGGGGAGCCAUCCAGGAAGGAAGACUCAGUGCAGUGUCCAGUGACAACCUGAUCCCUCAAAUAAAAGAUAAAGAAGACACUCAAGAGAUGCCCUGCACUUCCUCAGACCAUGUGCCAGUGAGAAGAGAUGAUGUCCCUGAACCAAGUGACUCAAAGGAGCUCCAGGAAGCAUCCAGGACACUUCCCAGCAAGAAAGGAAAGAAAAGAAAAAGAUGUAUCUGGGCCACCCCAAAGAAGAGACAGCACAAAAAAAGCCACCGAGGAAGUAAGAUGAGAACAGAAGAGGGGGCUGGAGGCCAGAGACCGCUCAUCCUUGCCGGCCAAGGGGCAGCCUUACCUGGGCAUGGAAUCCAAAAGACACUCCAACAGCAAGAUCAGGUGACUCAUACAGAGGAUGACUCAACCAGGAAUACAAAGGUCGUGACAAGGGCACAGAAGAGGACAGAAUGUGCCCAGAUGCCUAAAUCAGAGGAGACCAGUGAUAAUACUUCAGAAAUGGAUGAAGGGAAGAGGCCCUGGGAGCCACCCAGCACACCACCAAGAAUCAUCCACGACAAAGACUCCAUGGAUGAUGACAGUAAACUGCCUUUGGGAAAAUCUCCUGGGGAAAAGCAAAGGAAGAGAAAAAUACAUAACUGGUCAAGUUCAAAAAAAAGACAGAAGAAAUGUCCCUCAAGAGGAGAAGCCUCAUCAGGGCUCAGAAUCGAAGAGAAGCUCCAAGGGAUGAAUCAGGUGACUCAAAAGAAGGAUGACUCAACCGGAAAUUCAAAGGUCAUGACAAGAGCCCAAAAGGCACAGGCUGAAAGUGCCCCAGUGCCUGCACCUAAGGAUAAAGCUGGUGGUGGCACUGGUCACCUGAAUGCUCAGCGUGGGAGCGUCUCUCGUGGAGCCCACACAGAAAAACCCGAAGAUGAAACUCUGGAUUUUCACUCUCCUGAGCUCCCCGUGACCUGUGGGGAGGCAAAGGGGAUUUUAUAUACGGAGAAAAUGAAGCAAGGAUCCUCAGAGAAGUGUAUUCAGAAUGAGAAGGGAGUUUGGUUCACACCAAGAGAAUUUGAAAUUGAAGGAAAGCGGAAACAUCUUAAGAACUGGAAGCGGAGCGUGUUUUGUGGAGGAAAGAGCCUAGAAAAGCUGCUGCAGGAAGGAAUUUUGCUCUGUCCUUCAAGAAAACAUCUCAAGAGAGAGCAGGAACACUCCAAGGAAUGUGAGGUGUGCUGUAAAGGGGGCUCGCUGCUCUGCUGUGACACUUGCCUGCGAGCCUUUCACGAGGACUGUCACAUCCCACCCGCGGAGGCUGAGAGGAGCCCGUGGAGUUGCACCUUCUGCAGGAUGAAGGAGUCUUCAGGAAACCAGCAGGGUCUCCAGAAAUCUGAGGUUUGGGCAAGCUCCAUGCAGCCGGGGGAGCAGCUGAAAUGUGAGUUUCUCCUCUUGAAAGCCUACUGUCAUCCACAAAGCUCUUUCUUUGCGGAGACCCCACUUAAUAUUCGAGAUUAUGGUGAGCCCUUUAGGGAAGCCAUGUGGUUGGACCUGGUUAAAGAAAGGCUGACUGAGAAAGUGUACACAAUGGCUUGGUUUUUACGGGACAUGCGUCUGAUAUUUCACAACCACAAAACAUUUUACAAGGUGGAGUCUUUACGACUGAGCCACCAGAGAAGCCCCAGAGGUGGAGAGGAGGAUGUCAAAAAAAACAGCAAGCAGGGUCCUGGUAAAUGGUACCUGAAAAAAAAUUUCAUCUUCAGUCCCAGAAGGACAGGCCAUACCCACUGAGAAUGGUCAAUUUCAUCCUGCUUCCUUGUUCAAAUGGGGUGGGGCGGGGACGGGGGUAGGCAGUUUAUGCUUACAUGGUCCUUCAUGCCUCAGAAAUACAGAAAUGAAUUAAUUAAGAUGAAAUGAAUUAAACUUUCAGGAUGCUCAUGCUCGGAUUUUUUUACUCCUGAGUUUCCCAGUGGACCCAAACACCCAGAUUUGCUCUCAGUUGGUGUUGAUUUCAUCUUUCAUUGAUAGGAAGAGCAACUGGUUGAACUGUAUUGCAAUCCAAGGCAUUCUUAACUUUAGUUUAUUGCGUUUACUCUGAUUUUUAACUCUCACUUGUCCAGAUAUUUCUUGGGACAUAUAUAAAGCUAAUUCUCAAUUCCACCCAGCCUCCUUCCCUCCCUCCUUGCCACUAGUUGGCGUAUUCAUGAGUCACAGACUAUAAACUGGUGUCCAACCGUGGAGCUGGAGGGGGAAAGAAUCAACCCAGGGAGCCCUUCAAUGCCUGGCACAGUCUUAGCCUUGGAGAAUGGAAGGGGUCAUCUUUCCUUCAGAGAAUGUGCUUUCCAGAAAAGCUUUAUCUGGUUUACCCCAAGGUUAGGCUUUGCAGGGGUCAAAAUCAGCUCUUUGGUCCAGACCACCUGUUGGGUCCAGGUUAACAACCAGGCAGAGCCUCAUGCAUUUGAACAUCUGAGUGGCAGCCUCUCCCUCCUGCCCUGUUCUGCUUGCCACCUGGGGGCAUGCAGCUUUUGGGCGGGGAGAGCAGAUCUCCUCAGAAAGCAUGAGUGAUCUAUGAUCCCAAUUCUCUGUCUUUAGGCCCCUGUGUACUUGCUUUUUUUUUUUCUCUCUUUCAGGCUUCCGACUUUGGUCAGGUAGGACUGGAUUUAGAGGCAGAAUUUGAAAAGAACCUCAAAGAAGUGUUUAUUUUUCAUGAAGCCAGUGAGAACA